AUGGUGGAGUCGCUUGUUGUCUCGCUGCUGUGGGGGUCGAUAUUUUUCUCCAGAACACCGCUAGAUGGAAUCCCCUUCAGGAAGCCCUACUUGGCCGCUGCUCCAUCAAGUCUCCUUCGUUUGAAUCUCAUCUAUCCUCCGGUUCUCCGCUUCACGGCGAGUUUUGGAGUCGUGGCGGCAUGUGGCGAAGAUGAAGGCAACUGCGGUGGUAGGAGAGGAUUGGCAGCGGUACGAGAUAUUAUGAAAGGCGAGUUAAUUUUGACAGUUCCGAAGGAGGCUUUGAUGACGAGUGAGAGUCUAAGAAGCAAAGAUCAGAAACUCUCUGCUGCUUUAUGUAAAUACCCAAAACUCUCAUCUUCUCAGGUAUUGGCUGUUUCACUGCUGAACGAAGUGAACAAGGGGAAGGUUACUAGGUGGUACCCUUACCUAAAGCAAUUGCCUAGAAGUUAUGACAUACUUUCGAGUUUUGGUCGAUUGGAGAUAGAAGCUUUACAGAUGGAUGAUGCGAUCUGGACUGCUGAAAGAGCAGUUGAGAAGGAUAAAAUGGACUGGAGAGAAGCUACUGCACUUAUGGGUGAACUUAAUCUCAAGCAUCAACUCUCGACUUUUAAGGCAUGGCUCUGGGCUUCUGCAACUAUAUCCUCACGCACAAUGCACAUACCAUGGGAUAGUGCAGGGUGUUUAUGCCCUGUGGGAGACUUGUUUAAUUACGCUGCGCCUGCAGAAGAACCAUAUCAUUCAGAAAAUAAAGCAUGUCAAAAUGUGUCUCCCCUGCAUGAUACCUCCCCUGGGAAAGUGCAAAAUUCAGGGAACUCAGUAGAAGAGCCGUUUGAUGCCCAUGUACAGAGAUUAAUAGAUGCUGGCUACGAGGAAGAAAUUGCUGCUUAUUGCUUCUAUGCUAGAAGAAACUACAGAAAAGGGGAUCAGGUUCUUCUAAGCUAUGGUACGUACACAAAUUUGGAGCUUCUUGAACACUAUGGGUUUCUUCUGCAUGAAAACCCGAAUGACAAAGCUUUUGUUCCUUUAGAACCCGACAUGUACUCCCUUUGUUCGUGGCCGAAAGAUUCACUAUACAUUCACCAAGACGGGAAGCCAUCUUUUGCCUUACUAGCCACAGUCCGGUUGUGGGCAACCCCUGUAACUCACCGGAGGUCAGUUGGACACAUUUCGCAUUCAGGCCAUCAGAUUUCAGGAGAAAAUGAGGUCACUGUAUUGGAGUGGAUAGUAAAGAACUGUCGAGCACUGCUCGGGAAUUGUUCGACCUCAAUCGAAGAAGAUGAGUUGUUGCUCAACACCGUUGACAAAAUUCAAGACCAUGAUACAUCGAUAGAUUUCGGGGACGUUUCCCGUGCAUGUAUUAUCGAGCUUAGUGCUUUCUUAGAGAUGAAUGAUAGAAAACAAUGUAGCCAAGUACAGAUGUGUAGAAAGACGAGGUCAAUUCAUAGAUGGAAGUUAGCAGUUGAGUGGAGAUUAAGUUACAAGAGAAUUCUAUGUGAAUGUAUAUCUCACUGUAAUGAGAGAUUAGAGUAUCUAAAUCUCAAUGAGUUAGACCAAAGGAAUUCUGAUUCUAUUUAA